UUCCCCCUCCUCCUCCACUCUUUCAUUGCACCCAUACAUCUUCUUACUCCUCUUCCAACUCCUCCCCCUUUCUUCUCUCGUCUCGUUCAUCCUCCAUGACAUUUCCGUACAUACACACACUCAGUCUACCUCGCUACUGGCAGAACAUGCACCCUUCAUGAAUCUUGCUCUAUGUAAGAACUCUCCGACGAUCAUAAGACCCGACAGACAGCGUCAUCGCCUCGGCGGCCUUGCACUCUCGACUGUGUUGCACAACACAAACACAGAGCAGACAGUAUCUCAUCUUUGAUAGUUGGAGAGCAGUACUUGAAGCGACAUCCUCUAGAUUGGGCGAGCACAGCACCUCCCCCGCGUCCGUAACCCUUUCGGCCCCGGAACGAACCCCCAGGGAAGAUGGAGCCCCGCAGAACACCCCCGGAGUACUUCCUCGAGAUUUUCGCCGACACCACCACCGUCAGAGAUGUCUUAAAAGGCAUCCUCAAUCUAAUCUUCUUCCACCGAUACUUCCCCUCCAUCCGGCCCAGUACCUUCGAUGUUCUAGACCUUACCCUCCCUGCGAUCGACGACGUCGACCUCGAGACCCUCAUCGAUUCACGCAUCAGCUCCCUCGUUCGCCAACAUUCGGCAACCAGCGGCGCCCACGAAGGCAGUGGUGGCAGUGGGGGGUCCGGCGUACGCGGCCGUAUCGCAGUGGAAUUCUACGAAAAGCGACGCCGCCGCUCCGGAAUCUGGUUCGGUGGCCUAGCCGGCAAAGGCGAGGAGGAAGUAUGUUGGGAGGUCUGGACUCUAGAUGUGACUAUCGCCACGCCACGGACUGAAUCUGAACGAGCCAAGGUCCGCAAAGCAAUGGAGAAUAUGCUCCAGAAAGCCGCGCUGAAGAUUCUUGCCCACGUCAAUCGCGAUAAGGAUCAUAUCCCACCUAUUACCACCAGCGACUCCAACCCGUUCCCUUAUCGCAUUGUUCUCAACCCGCGUACCGAUGGGUGGCAGAACCGAUUUGGACUGUACUGAUCAAAGAAGAGGAACCAGAAGAAGCUCACUUCUAUCUUCUCUGCAUUUAUUCUCUUUCCGCAUUGGCAUCAGCUGGGCUACAGAUACCCAGGGUUAAUUUUCUCUUAUUAUCCUCUAUCCGUUCAUCGUCCUAGGGGCCGUUCGGCAUCUCGUUGCGCUCGAACUCUUGGGCCGUGGGCGGAGUUUGAGCAUCACUCGAUUCACUUGGUUCAUGUUGUGUCAUUAUCUCGCAGUGGAGCGACA